CCAUCUUAUGAAUACAUAAAUUUAGGCGCGAAAAUUUUGAUCAUUUCGCCGGUAUUUAAAUAUUUUCGAAGAUUGUUAAAGUUACAAUAAAGCUUUUAAAUUGGUUAACAUAGCUAGAAUCGCAAUUACGUAAUACAUAAUAAUUUACAUAACGUACAAUAUUGUACGAAUCAAAAAUCAAUUGUCUGAGUUAUAAGAGGAACGUAAAUGAAUCUGCAACCAAAUGUAGAAUUGUCAUUGUUGAUACAAUUGUUAAUUUUCAUACAAGAAAAGUAUAAAUUGAAAUUAAAUCGAUACGUGUGUAGAAUUGGUCAAGUUUAAAUUAUUGUUGCAAUAACAAUUGCAUUUGACAAUCGUCUGUCAUAAUCUUUCCAGCAUGAAGAUAGAGAUACAUCCACUGACAGACAAUCCUACAGCAGCUUGGCGUGAAUUGUCACAACAGCAAAAAGUCAUUAACAUAAAUGCUAAACUUCCAACAACCGAUGCUCCAAAUGAUAAGCUUCGUGUCGUUUGUAUGAGUGAUACUCAUUCUUUAACACCAUUCAUUAAGUUUGAUAUACCGAUGGGAGAUGUCUUUGUUCAUGCUGGAGAUUUUACAAAAUGUGGUAGUUUACAGGAAGUUAUAGAGUUUAAUAAUUGGAUUGGUAAUUUGCCACAUAAAUAUAAAAUUGUUAUUGCUGGUAAUCAUGAACUUAGUUUCGAUUCAACAUUUACUCAUCCCUUUUCCAUGCAAACCAGUGGCGAUCGUCAAAAGCACACAGGGACCAGUAUUUUGGACACCAUACCUACAUUAGGAAUGUCCAAAGAUACGUUGGCAGAAGCUAUACAAACCACUAAUGUUAAAGAUUAUUUGACAAAUUGUACUUAUUUAGAGGAUUCUGGAAUUACAAUACAUGGAAUAAAAAUCUAUGGUACUCCAUGGCAACCAGAAUUUUGUAAAUGGGCGUUUAAUGUACCUCGUGGAGAACCGUGCCUUUUAAAGUGGGAGAUGAUACCAUCGGAUACCGAUAUUCUUAUUACGCACACACCUCCUGUAGGUCACGGAGAUUUGUGCUGUAGCGGUGUACGAGCUGGAUGUGUAGAAUUAUUGUCCACGGUACAGAACCGAGUUCAACCAAAAUAUCAUGUUUUUGGUCAUAUACACGAAGAAGUAGUCACUUUAUCUGUAUACACAAAGCAGUUUCAAUCAUGUUAAUCAGUGGCAUACAUUGCAUACAAGGUGACUAUGUUGAUCUAGGGUAUUAGAAUCAUUGCAGCAUAGUUUCUAAUAAGUUGUUAUGUGAAUUUUAAUUAUUUGCGCAGUUUGUUUGAUUUAUUCAUUUUAUAAAAUAGACGUACACAAAAUAUUUUUUUUAUACAUUUGCUUGUAAAGAAAUAAUAAUAAAAUGACUUUUAUAGAAUAUAAUGUUCAAAGUGAAAAAUAAUAGAAACAUUACUGUCUGGAAAGAGUACAGAAAGAAUCACAACAAAACAGAAUCAGACACAGGAUCACUUUAGUGUUAUUGUACUUGAUAUAUAAAUAGAAAAGAGUAUGCAGCUAAAAUUUGGCGAAAUGUAAGUAGUAGAAACUUUCUGACACAAGGUUUCAACAAAUACUUUUUUAUAUAAUGGUAAAAGUACAUACAUAUAUAUGCUAAAAGAUACCAUAUAAUGGGGGCAGAA